GCUUCUUCAGCCUCGACUUGAUUUCAAAAUAAAGAUGGCGGACGUGUUUGGGUAGCUGGUGCGUCUCUAACAUUUGUGUGCAACACGCCGUGAUUACACACCGAAAUCCCCACACUCUGGUACUAGAUAAAGCCAGGCAAAGGAGUCUUAUGCGUGGCUAAGUUGCCAGAUGGAAAGUUUUGUGAUCGACCCUUCGCGGCUUGUGGGAGAUAUUGUCGCCUAUGUUGCCGAAUUGAAAAGUUCCUUCAAGUCUCAACAACACCCUAUCAGUGAUGAUGACUUAACAUUGCAGAAGCUUUGUGUCAAACUUGAAACUCUGCUGAGGCAUGAACAGAAAGAGAAGUAUACAUUGCUUGGUCACAGAAAAGACUACUGGCAUUUCAUACAGGAGUGUAUAUCAAAAGAUGAAGGUGUAAGAUAUGUGCAAGCAAUACCACAGGUGACAACAGCCCAAGGCAAGGGCAGAGCCUUCAUCCGCUAUGCUUUGGCAAAGAAAAUGUUGGCUGAUACUAUCCAGAGACUACUUGUUAAUAAAAACACGCUGAGCUCUUGGUUCAAACCUGGUGCAACCCUGCGCUCACCAUCUCUGGCCACCACCCUCAUUAACAAGCUCUAUGACCUGAAUGAUGUGGAUUUUAUCCUACCAUGCACUGGGUAUGACCUGGACAUUUCCUGGCCUGCCUUCUCCAGACGGUUGCUAGGAGAAGGACCAUCCUCACGUCGCAGCAGCAUAAGCAGCAUGUCAAGCGUGGAUUUCAGGAGUGAUAGAGCAGACCCCUUGGUUGGCUUAGCGAUCGAGGUAUCGUCCCUCAGACAGCUGUUCGCUGAUCAAAGCCCGCUCUUAGCCGCUGAAAACAGCGAUGGCUUUGACACUGUUAGCGUGGCCGAUCAGCCUUCAGUCUCUGACCUGACGCUCUCUGUGUCUCGCGUACACCAGCAAGCCCUCAGAUGGAAAAACGACUUAGAAACUGAGCGAUAUUCUGCCAUACAGCAGGCAGAAAAAGCACUGGAGGAUAGGAACUUCGCGAUAAGAGAAUCCGAACUCAAGUCGAAACAGCUCAUGGAAAAGUAUUCGCUGUUGUCCAAAACGGCGUCAGAAGACGCCAAUGCAAAGUGUCGCGAACUGAAGGAAAAGCUCUCAUUGGCCGAGAAGAGCUUGAGUGACAGAGACGCGGAGCUUGCUCAGCUUCGAAAUGAAAUUAACCAAUCAGUAAUGGCUUUCAACAAUGCACAGCGCGAGAGCAUUGAUCUCGAAAAACAAUUAGCUGCGACAGAGAGAAAGCACAACGAACUAAUAUCAGAGUAUGACAGUUUGAAUGCUAAGCUUCAAGCUAGGGAACAACACAUUGCGGAACAAGCGGUUUCUAUAGUUGAGUACAAACACCGAAUCUCGAGUCUUGAGCAGAACGAGUCAGAGUGUAAAGAAAGACUUUUCGAGCUGACGGGUAGCCUGAGGGCCAAGGAAGUCGCGCUUGAGAACGUACAGGAAUCCUUCGAAAAAUUGAACGGCAUGGUGUUUGGGUCGUUCGAGGAGUUAGAGAUGGAGCUGAAGGGUCGGUUGAUGGACCGAGAAAAAGGCUUACAGAAUCAGAGCAUGGAGAAUAGGAAGCUAGCGCAAAGUCUGGACGAACUUCGACAGCAGCUCAGAGACAUGAAGAACAAAUUGUCUUACGCCGAGAACGAGGCGCAGAGAUUGCGUGACGAGAUUGCCGCGCGUGACGUCACGCACUCAUCCGUGUGCGAGGAGUUACAGGGAAAGAUAGCGCAGGCCGAGAGUGAAUUACAGAGAUUGCGUGACGAAACUAGCACACGGGACGUCAAACAAUCCGAGCUGCGUAUCACAUUAGAAAAUAAGCUAUUACUAGUGGAAGAAGAGUUAAAAACAUUACGUGAAGAUAAUGACGUUCGUGAAAUCACGCAUUCUGCAUUAUGCAAUGAGCUGAAUACAAAGCUCUCCAGCACACAGGGCAAGCUGCAAGGAUUGCGUGACGCAAGCGCUGCGCGUGAAGUUCAACACAGCGAACAGCGAGGUAACCUAGAAAUCGAAAUAUCACGCGCUAAUGAUGAAGUACAGAGAUUACGUGACGAAAAUACCGAGCUUGGUGUCACACACUCCAUGAUUCGUGACGAGAUGCGAGAAAUGGCUGUUGCUAUGCGAUGUUACGAGGGACUGAUGACUGAUUUACGGGCGAAAUUGUCUGAUUGUGUUGAAGCCAAUGAUGAGUGUGAUGGUUCUUUCGAAGGCACCUUGGAAUCCGUAGAACAGCGCUCAAAUGCCCUCGUCCGUCUUGUUGAUAAACUAACCAAGAGAUUAAGCGAUAUUACGAGCGAGCUUCAGCAAGCUACGAACCAAAUGGAUAAGUACCGGUCUCAAAUCCAAGACAAUACGAGCAAGAUAGAGAGCCUGGAAGCCGAAAAAAGGGCUAUUACGACCGAUCUUGAAAGCUCAAUAGAGAAGCGAGUCUCCAUAGAAAAGGAGCUACAAUCAGUGAAAGAACAGCUGGAGACUGGGUACAGAUCACGUGAUGUAGUUGAAUCUGAACUUGCUGUCGCUACCGAGCGUUGUCGACAAAAUGCGGCCGAGAUAUCUGAUCAACAGCACGAAAUCCUAAGCCUGAAUGAGGAGAACACAGCGUUUCAGCAACAACUCGAAAAGCGCGAAAAACAUAUCCAAGAACUCUCUGAAUCAUUGGACUCUUUGCAGGACUCUUUGGCGACAUCGCUGGAAAAAAACCAAUCGCUGCAAUUGGAGCAAAAAAAGAUCGCACAUCACCACAAGUCACUGCAAGACGAGAUCUUUUCCUUAUCUGAAGAAAAAGCCAGUCUAACAGACGAACUUGGCGUUGCUAGGCAACAACAGGAAGCGGCCAACGAGGGGCGGAUUCGCGCUGAGCGUGCGCAGUUGAAAUCGCGCGAAGAGUUGGAGAGCUUGCGGUGCAUGAUGGAUCAGGAAGUUGCGGCUCUAAAGUUCCAGCUAAGUUCAGAGGCGAUUAAGUACGAGUCUAAGAUAAAGGUGUUGACUGUGGAGAGCCAGGAAAGUGCUCGUUACCAGGACCGCGCAGCAGAGCAGGCCGACCUGAUAGCCGAACUCGAGACGAAGCUCAAGGAACGCAGCGAGGCGUGGCUGAAUGAGAAACAAAAGUACACCAAUGACAUCAAGCAUAUUAAAACUGAGGUCCAGCUGUGUAAAAACGCUUUGGACGGCACCAAACAAAAAGUGCUAUCCUUAGAAAACGACCUGCUUCUCACUAGCAAACAGUUGGAGAAGGAGCGGUACCGGCACGACGAGACAAAGCGCAAGAUGGCCUCCCUCGAGAACAAGCACGUAACUACCGAGCAAGCAUUGAAGGUUCAGAUAGGAGAAAUGGAGAAAGACGCAAGAGAACUCAAGGACAGACUCAUCACACUCACCCAAGAGAAAGCUGAGCUGUGGCGUAAGGCGGACAAUAUGGAGCAUGAGCUAAAGGUAAAAGCCGCUGACCGCUGGAUUUCAGAUGACGAGGUCAAUAAGUGCACGAGCUGUAAAGCGGAGUUCUCGUUCCUCCUCAGGAAGCAUCACUGCCGGAUGUGUGGGCGAAUAUUCUGUCACUCUUGUUCGAAUAACUGGGUUCGUACCCCUCAUAGCAGGAAGAUGAAGCGGGUUUGUCAGUGCUGCCUUGAAAAUGACAAGCAGAUCAAGCCCCAGCACGUCACUCAUGUUGGCGAGGCUGAGGAAGAUGACUGCAUGUCAGAUGUCAGCGCGGACGACUCCCGUCGCAGCACCAGCUUGCUUAGUUUUUUAAGCGAUGACGAGUCGCCUUCACAAGCCAGGGAGGAACACAAGAAGGGGACGGCUCCCUUAGAGCCGACCCAAGAAAGCAAGGAGAACUCAAACAUCGGGGAGAGACCUACAAAUCUACCGACACACACAUCUCCAGAACUCAAACCCAAGUCGCCUGACAGCAAUGACGACGACAUUUCGCAGCACGAGUAUGCAAGUCUGAAAACCGUCCAGUCCUCCCCCAGUGAGGGUAGGCAGGGUAGUGUUGUCACCCCUGAGGGGGAGGGGUUUGAAGUUAUUGACCCUCAUGAGGAAAUGGAAGAAGUCCCCGAGUCACGUGUAGUGGUGGGCGCGUCGGAUGAUAUGUCAGAGAUGGUAAUACCUGCUGUUAAUGACGAGCAGGGCGUGGUGCGACACGUGCUGAUACCUGCCGGGCUGCGCCACGUUCUCCCUCUGAUGGUCGGCACACCAGGGGUUACUUUACGCUGGAACUUUAAGACUGCAUACAAGAGCGUAAUAUUUGGAUUGGGAUUCAAGGAUUCGGAGACCAGGUCCUAUGACGAGAUUGAGACCAUCAUUCCGCUGUCGCGGUACAGCUCUCACGAGAUUCCUGUGGAAGGGGACUGGAUGGUGGUCUGUCCUGGAGUGUACCUUCUCGUUUUCGACAACACUUUCUCAAGGUUUUUACUAAAUCGUGCUAUUUUCAGGAUUUUAUUGAAAAGGCACUCGCACGUUAUUUAAAAAAAUAUAUGACAAGCAGUUACACAAACCUUUUUUACAGGAAGAAAAGAGCAAUCUGUCUGUCCGUCCCUCUGUUCGGAAUGUUAAGACGUUUGUGAAAAUACGGAGAUGUUUAAUAAUUGCAGCAACGAUUAUUCAAUUUUUAGCUGGAGUUUCUACGAAAACGUCUGUAUCCCAUUUGAAUUGCAUAGUAUUGUCAUUUUCACAUAAAUCUUAUCUCUGUCAAAUACUUAUUCCUUCGUCUUCUUGCUCGUUGCAGAUUUACUUCAAAGCAGAUUACGUUACAAGUGAAUCUCCAGCGCUGAUCGCACCAUGGUAACCGCGUAAAGUCAACUCUUCGAGGUGCACUCAAAUACCUCUACUCACAGUCGUUUGUGCUAUCCAGUCAAACUCUGUAUUUUUUUUCAUAAGCGAACAUUCUCCCGUAAGCGAACAUUCUUCCGUAAGCGAACAUUCUCCCGUAAGCGAACAUUUUUCCGUAAGCGAACAUUCUCCCGUAAGCAAACAUUCUCUCUUAGGCGAACAUUCUCCCGUAAGCGAACAUUCUCGCGUAAGCGAACAUUCUUCUGUUAGCGAACAUUCUUCCGUAAGCGAACAUUCUCCCGUAAGCAAACAUUCUCUCUUAGGCGAACAUUCUCCCGUAAGCGAACAUUCUCGCGUAAGCGAACAUUCUUCUGUUAGCGAACAUUCUUCCGUUAGCGAACAUUCUCCCGUAAGCGAACAUUCUCCCGUAAGCGAACAUUUUUCCGUUAGCGAACAUUCUCCCGUAAGCAAACAGUCUCCCGUAAGCGAACAGUCUCCCGUAAGCGAACAUUCUCCCGUAAGCGAACAUUCUCCCGUAACGAACAUUCCUCCGUUAGCGAACAUUCUCCCGUAAGCGAACAUUCUUCCGAAAGCAAACAUUUUCUCUAAUUAGACACUCUCGUAGGUAGACAAUUGUAAACGAACACUCUCUUUUGUUAGCGGACACGGACGCGGCUUCGGAGCUUAAAAACUGUGUUAGACUCACGUUUAUAAAACUUUGCCUGUGUUAUGUUAUUUAUUACCAAGAUUAUAAACCAUCCUACAAUAAGCGGAUUUUUCUCCUUACGGAGCACCUUUACCAUGUUCGGUUACGAUAGAGUAUCGUUCCAUGUGUGUAGCCAUCACUCCAUGUUGGCCAUCUCGCUGAAGAUAGGAAACACUGCCAAAUAGACGAUCAGUCGUUUUUUUUUAAAUUGCUUAUCAUUAAAUGAUGCCAUGUCACAAUGAUAAUGUAUUUUACAUAAAAUAAUAAAAUGAUAAUUCCAGAUUA